AUGGGUUUCUUCAAGGCACGAUGUAAAUUAAGUCUUCUAAACUUGGACGUGCUCGAGUUUGAAAUCGGAUCCAAACAGACGGCAGACACGAUUCUGUUGGCAGCCAACGAAAAACUUAAUAUUUCUGAGGAGAACUACGACUGUUUUGCUUUAUACUAUUUAGAUGCCGAGUAAGUCUUUAUUUUUUUUAAUUAAAUUUAGUUUGGAUUGAGAGAAAAAACAUUUAUUUAUUAUGCAAAUGAGCAUAAGUUACUUUGUAAGACGAUAUCUACAAAAAUUUUUAGAAAUCAAGUACAAUGGGUUAACCCAAUGGAUACCGUAGUCAACAUAUUAGCGCAACGAGACUCUUCUGGCCAUAUCCUUUUGUUCCACGGUGUUCGCUUCUUUCCUCUGUCGUGCUUAUCAGUUGUUGACCCGAAUACUGUGAUACAAUUCUUCUUUGAUACUCGACUUCAGUUUGUAAAGGUAAGAUCACAAAACUUAGUUAAGACAUUUAUUUUAAUAUACAAAGUCAACAUAUAACUAAAAAAAUAUAAUAUUAUGCUUCAUUGGUAUCUUCCUGAUUUUUCUUUACAUAAUUUUUGUAAGAAUUGGAAUUAACGCUACUGUUUAGGGUUACCUGUCAAUGGAAUUUGACGACUUUACCACGUGUUCUGCAAUCUUGAUACUCCACAAAUGUGGCAUCGAAAGUUUAGAGUAAGUUGAUAUCUAAAUUUAUGUCACAAUUUUUAGGUAUGUUUCUUUAAACUGUUGAUUGUAUUAAUGCUCAAAACUGAUCAUUAUCAUAUGUUUAGAUACUCUGAAGUUAGUCGUGUAUUCGAUGAAGAGUUGGCAUUUCCCAAGUUAUUACUGCGUCAGUUUGAAGCCAAUGUCGACCAGAUUCACGAUGAGGUCUACGAUAAAUGUUUGAGUUUCAAAAAUGCUACACACGCUCAGUUGAUUGCAACGUAAGAUUUGUUUUUUUACUUUAGUUUUGAGCUAAAUUUAUUUUAUUAUGUUAUUCAAAUAAUUUUGUGCUCCUUAAUCUCGAUAUUUCUUUUGAGAGGGGGCAUAGAAUUAUGUGAGCAACAUAAUAGAACUAAAAAAUUAGGUAUAUUUUUGACGCUAUUAACUAAACAGUACUACUUUAUUCUGUCAAUAGUUUGUUAUUUUAGAUUCUUGAAGCACUGUCAAAAUUCCGCAUUAUUUGGAAGCGUAUUUUACAAAUUUACUGACAGUGUCAACCAUGAUAUUGUCUUAGCCGUCAACAGCAGAUCUGUUUUACAGUUUGAUCCCAAAAAUAUUUAUCAGCCAAAAAAGGUAAUUUUAUAUUUUAAACGUUUUUACUGUUGAAUUAUUUUGUAAUUAUUUUUAUUGUCGAUUUAAGUACUACUUUGUGUAAAAUUUUUGUGUGAUCUUUUUGACUAUUUAUCUUAACAAUGAUUUUAUAUUGUUUUAGGUGUUUAACUUUGCACUUGUUGACGAUAUUACUUGUUCAGAAGCAUCAUUAGUUAUUUCAGUCAGAGGGUAAGUUACUUACAGUUUUUGACAUUUCGUCUCAAUCAAUUUUUGACACUUUUUUUCGAAAAUUUUUAUUUUUUAAAUAUAUUUUACGCUUUUUGAAAAGAAAAUAGAAAAAUAGAUGUUUUAUAGGAAUUAUUACUUUACUUUUUUUUAAUUUUAUUUAAUAUUUUACUUUUACAGAGAAAGGGAUGAACCUUAUGCAGCCGCCUUCUUAAAGAAAGCAACUUUCAAAUUUCAAUCAACUCAAGUUUGCAAGAAGAUCUGGAGUGCCAUCGUCGCUCAACACAAGUACUACAGAAGUCAGAUAGCUGAGGUAAGCAUUAACUUGUUUUUUAUCUUGUAAGAGGUUUCUUUGGUCAAAAAGUUUAUAGAUGAGAAAGAAUGAUCGAUUUCAGUAAAAUUAAGCUGGGUUGAUCGAUCUUUCUACUUAUUUUCUGACAAAAAAAUGAUUUUAAGUCAAAAAAAGUUUAAAAUUAGUAUGCACAAGAGUAAGCCGUGUUACCUCUGCUAUAACAUGUAUAACAAGACGCGAUCGGAGCGGCGGGGUGUUCUCGUAAAAGGAUUUCACGCAGAGUGGGGGUUGGAUGGGCCUUCGGGCGGGUUGUUUGUGUCGAAACGGCUCAUUUGCAUAAAAAGGGAUACUAGGGCUGAGCUUGCUCUUUAAGACGGCCACUCGUGUCUUGCCUCGGGUGAGUUCAGGAAAUACUUAUUUUACGGCUGGGUGACCUACUAUAAUAUAUGGGCACAGCACAUUUUUCCAUAAUAUUGGUUUGGUUUGGUCUUUAAGGCUUAUUAUAUUAUUUUACAGCUUUUAUGACCUUCUGGGACGUUUGCACUUUGAGUGUUUUUGUAAUUCGUUUUAAUGUCUACCAUAAUAUAGGGUCUACUGACGUUUGAGACUUGUUAGGCUAGUUCGUUUUGAAAAUUUGAAGUUUUGACAUUGCAUUUUAACCUAAAAUUGGUUUUAAGUUUUCUGGGACUAUUUUUAACUCAAUUUCAUUAUUUAAACGUUUCAAUGUCUACUACAACGUUGUGAUUUAAGACCUAUAGCAUUAGGUGGAAGUUUAAAGGCGACACUUUGCGGUUCUCUCGAAAGGAAUGCAAUCUUAUCUUACUCAUAAACAAAACAAACGUAAGGUGCGGGCCUUUAUGCUCUUGAUUAAUGGUGCGAGGAUGAAGGCUCUCGGCUCGGGAGCCAUUUGUUAAGGAUGGUCACUUAGUUUUGCGACCGUUUGUCUAAAAGGGCAAUUUCGGAAGUCAUAAUGAAUUUAAAGGUCAUUUCAAAGUUUAAAAUUUUGAGCUUUUGUUUGAAUGGGUUUACAGAGGUAUAGCGAGGUCAGAAAGUUCUCAGAGUUGCUGGAAAUGGAGAGUUAUAGCUGGUUAUAAGUUUGAACUUUUAAAUUUUUUUUAAUUGGUAAUUUCAUAUUUCCGCUUGUUAUUCCACUAAACAACCAAUGUUUAGCAUAAAACUUAAUAUAUAUUUGUUGACAUGAUUAAUCACCGGAAUAUGUAUGGUCAGAUGUCUUCUGAAUUCCGGGCAUUAUUACAGUGGUUUUGUGGUGAUUCAGACGUUUCGUAAAGUCGGAGUUGAACGCGCCUUUCCCUUAUGAAGUCAGUGAGGGAUCGCCGUGCUUUGUGAGGGAUCACCGUUCUUCGCACGGUGACCUUCUUCCUCGAGUAGCUAACUGUUGGUUCUUUGUAUAAUAUUUAUUGAAGGUUGGGUUUAUAUAAUGGACAUAAAGGGUCUUUGUGGAAAAGUCAAUAUUCGAUUCUUCUUUAUAUUAUACAUGAAUGUCUCGUUCGAACACGUUUUGGUUGGAAAAUAUAAAAGCUGUUCUUAAUAUCAAUAUUUAAUAGUUAAAGUUAACAACACCAAUAUUAUAGUUAUUAAAAUCGAUAUUGUUUUACAUAUUGACCAAUGUUUUGCUCUUUUUAUAUUGGACAAAGUCAGAGUGGGGUGUUGUUCGUUGCGAUCACUGCAAUGUUUGCGGAUCAAUAGCAUUCCGAUUUAGCCUCUUGACUUUGCACUAUAUUAUUCUUCGUCUUCAUUGGGGGGUUUGUAAGGUUUGCCGUGAAUUCAAAAUGGCGCGACAUAUUUAUUAUUCAAUCAAGAGCAUCAAGUGUUAUAGUAAGGUGAACAUUGCCUUAUUUUGGCGACAAUCUUGUUUAUUUAUUAGUGUAGCUUGAGAAUUGUAGAUAUUGGGUAGUAUUCUGAUUUAGGGGACAUACAAUUUGUUUAUAGUAGGCUGGAGAAGGGCUAAAGUAUAAAUGAUUUGUUUUUGUAUUUAAAACUUUUUUUUAAAUUUAAAAGUGUUGCUUUCGAAUAAUAAAAGUUUUUGGGCGUUUUGUUUUUGUUGUCAUUAAUCUGCGAAGCCAAAUCUAGGAAACAAGGUCGAUCGGCGCGGAAACCCGCACAUAUCCCCCCCCCCCUCCAAUAUUCCCUUCCCUAUGACCUUUUCCCACGACCUCGCGAUCUCGACUUGAGGCUCGACAUGCCUCUCAAUCUUGUUUCUUAAUUAGGUGGUAAUCAGAUUCCGAACGUUUUCAGACAUCGCAUCAGGGCUCCGAAUACAGUCUUCAGCUACUCACCGACCGGUUGAGUCAGUUCUUUGCCAGCUCCUCGACUAUCGCCAGCUCCGGACCUUCGAAUAGGUAAUAAACUUUACUUUUGCGUUUCCUAUUAAUUUAUUACCUAUUUUUUGGUUUCUUUUUGUAGCUUUUUGCAACUUUAAUUUACUUUUUAGUUGUUUUUUUUUCAAUUAGGUAACUUUUUGUAUUUUUUUAAAAUUACUUGGUUUUUUGUCACAUUUAGGAUUUUUUUGAUUUUGCGGAAGUUCAUAUCUUAUAUUAUUCCUUUUUAGCUCGUUGGGAUCUACAAGAUCGUACAGCACUACCAGUAUGAAGUCUCGGGUAUCAGAUGUUACUGUCGAUCAACCACUAACUUCCUACCGUAAGUUUCCAUGGCAUUAUGACUAAAAAGCCAUAGUAUAAGACAUUGGGUGUUGAUACGCUUUUGUUCUAAAACUUGUAUUUGCUUUUGUAUAAGUAAUGAAGUAGAUAUGACUGGUAGAAAAACCGUUUUGUAUGUGCAAUACAGGGAUCUUACGAGGAAACGAACGUGCUUAAUGUGAUUAAUAUUCAGAAAGAACAAAAGAAGAGAAGGAACGGGAUCUGCAGUCUUAUUACAAACUCAAAGGUGAGGUAAAGCUGAUCGAGGAUGAAUUACUUUACAAAUUGGAAGAACUUAAACAGCUGUGCGUGGAAGAAGCUGUAAGGAUUUGCAUUUUAUAUGAUAAUUUACAAGGAAAGCAGAAAAGUAUAAUAUAGAAAGAAUGUCAUUUUUGAACCAUUUACUCCGAGUUAGAGUAACUUAUCAUUUUUCUGUGAUUUUAGGUAACAUUUUCAGUGAAGCUAUGCCUAAAUCUUAUUCUUUUUUAGAACAUAACUGGAGAUAUGCCUAAAGAGAUCUUCAUGACUCUUCUACCAGGCGAAUCAAUGCCAAACACGACAAAACGGAUGGGAACCGCUUUUAAACUGGACCGUGAUGUUAUCCCAACCUCAAACUUUGUAAGUUUAUUCAGUAUUUAGCCGUCGAUGGCGGCGUCGCAGUCGUUGAGAGUGUCAGGGUCGUACGUUGCGAAGAGGAACGACAGGAACGCGUGAAUGUAGACGUUGAUCACGAGGCCACGGUAGUGUCCUUUGGUCAUGCUGCUUUCGUCUGA